AUGUCCUGCUACGACCUGUGCCUGCCCUCCUCCUGCGGCCCCCGGCCACUGGCCACCAGCUGCAGUCAGCCCUGCUUCCGCCGCUGCGGGGACUCCACUGCGGUCAUCCAGCCCCCCACUGUCAUGGUCACCCUGCCCGGGCCCAUCCUCAGCUCCUACGUGCAGAACACGACCGUGGGAUCCACAGCGUCGGCAGCAGUCGGGAGCUACCUCCGGUGCUGCGGGAUCCCCGUGGCCCCUGCUGGUCCCCUGGGGCUGGGGAAGGUGGGACUGCUAUGCCUGGGUACUGGGCUGUAG